AUGUUUUGCGAUGUUCAGAUUCCAUCUAUGCCUCUGUUGAAGUACGAUGAGGUGCCCAGCUUCUUGUAUCCUACUACCCCCUACCCGUUUUUGAGGAGGGCAAUAUUGGGGCAGUACAGGAACUUGGACAAGCCCUUCUGCAUAUUGAUGGACACUUUCCAAGAGCUUGAGAGCGAGAUCAUCGAGUACAUGUCUCGUUUGUGCCCAAUCAAGGCAGUCGGUCCUCUAUUCAAGAACCCAAAAGCCCAAAACGCCGUCCGCGGUGACUUCAUGAAGGCCGAUGACUCCAUCAUCGGCUGGCUCGACACCAAGCCUAAAUCAUCUGUCGUUAUAUUGAAUUUGUAUUCGUGUUCCGAGAGUUUGAUUGGGUAUGCGUGUAGGGUGUUUGAUAUAAUGCCUCAGAGAACGGUUGUUACUGUUAAUGGUAUGGUAUCUGGGUUUGUGAAGAAUGAUAUGUUGGAUGAGGGGGUUGGUUUGUUCAAGAAAAUUUUGGAUUGCUCUUUUGGUUUGGAGUUGAAGCCGAAUUAUGUUACUUUGGUUGUUUUGGUUUCUGGGUGUGUGGAACUGGAUGGGUUUAUUGUGGGAAAGGUGCUUCAUUCAUACUGUUGUAAGACAGGUUUGGAUUUUGUGAAUGAGGUUUGUAAUGCAGUGAUUGAUUUGUACUCGAAGUUUGGGCAUAUAAGUGAGGCAGCAAGGAUGUUUAAUGAGAUGCCAGAGAGGGAUUUGAUUCCAUCUAUGCCUCUGUUGAAGUACGAUGAGGUGCCCAGCUUCUUGUAUCCUACUACCCCCUACCCGUUUUUGAGGAGGGCAAUAUUGGGGCAGUACAGGAACUUGGACAAGCCCUUCUGCAUAUUGAUGGACACUUUCCAAGAGCUUGAGAGCGAGAUCAUCGAGUACAUGUCUCGUUUGUGCCCAAUCAAGGCAGUCGGUCCUCUAUUCAAGAACCCAAAAGCCCAAAACGCCGUCCGCGGUGACUUCAUGAAGGCCGAUGACUCCAUCAUCGGCUGGCUCGACACCAAGCCUAAAUCAUCUGUCGUUAUAUUGAAUUUGUAUUCGUGUUCCGAGAGUUUGAUUGGGUAUGCGUGUAGGGUGUUUGAUAUAAUGCCUCAGAGAACGGUUGUUACUGUUAAUGGUAUGGUAUCUGGGUUUGUGAAGAAUGAUAUGUUGGAUGAGGGGGUUGGUUUGUUCAAGAAAAUUUUGGAUUGCUCUUUUGGUUUGGAGUUGAAGCCGAAUUAUGUUACUUUGGUUGUUUUGGUUUCUGGGUGUGUGGAACUGGAUGGGUUUAUUGUGGGAAAGGUGCUUCAUUCAUACUGUUGUAAGACAGGUUUGGAUUUUGUGAAUGAGGUUUGUAAUGCAGUGAUUGAUUUGUACUCGAAGUUUGGGCAUAUAAGUGAGGCAGCAAGGAUGUUUAAUGAGAUGCCAGAGAGGGAUUUGGUAGUGUGGUUUACUUGA